UAGGUUAGACGCCAAAUGAACCUUUCCAAAGCGAAUCAAGACCACGUGAUAUCAGCCUUAAAAGAAACUUGGAUUUCAUUAUUUGACAUAACACUGACAAUCCUUAUGGUGUUCCUGUCGCCUCAUCAUUCAACUUAUUCGUACAUUCCAUUCUAUAGCGUUAUUUUUUCUUAUCACCAUCCAAGGUCUGUGUAUUGCGCUCCCGGAUUCUUCAUCACAACACUACCAACACCAAUGUGUUCCAGCUUAGAUGGUCGUACGAGAAGAUGCUCUUCGACCAAGCCAAGCGGACACGCAACGCAUGCUAGUAAGAAGCUACCACACGUGGCUAUCUUAUACUGCGAAGACGAACCCUCAAGAUGGGCUCCAACAAGACUGCUUCUUACUUCGAAACGUCCUUGGCAGAGUACCAGCAUUCCUAGCGAAUGGCUUCUCUAAAGACUGCGAAUCCCCUCGGCUCAAGCUUAGACACUCUGAAUCGAGCAGCAACAAUUCUGCGCUAUACAUCAACGGAUGGUCAACUUGGUGUGUAUCGGAAGGCGACUGCUCUCUUAAAGAGAAGAUCAUGCACCACCACCACCAGCUACUCCUUGGCCUCCAAAGUUCAACACGGUGUUGUUUUGCGGACAAUUCCCCGUUCUACGAUUGGCCCGGGGUUCAAGGCGAAAGAAAGAGUCCUGCGAGCGGUAACUGCCUCGCAGUUAUAUCAUUUGCUUGGGCAUACAUUUUAUCAGCGCUCUGGGUAGAAAUGCAACAGUCUAUGGGCACGAAACCCGCGCCGACCAAGAAAGAUGACCGGAUAUGCUAUUUUUGUUCCCAAGCUAAAUGGACGUGCGACGGCGAUGAAGCUUACCUGAUGACCUUGCGGUUGAUCUCGGUGAUAUAGAUGAUGAUGCUGCACGAUGGUGGACUGCAAUUUUAGCCAACGGUGAAGGCUGGCGGGCGACAAUUACUCGAGAUAGCAAAGUAUAUCGCUCGCCGUGGUCCAUUUCUCUUGCUGCUACCCGGAGCUUUAAGCUUCGAAGGACAGCACACUAUCAAAAAUCGUCCGCUGAGAUAGUCAUGCCACCCUCAUCCGAGCAGGCCCUACGGUUCCUCUCCGAUUUCUGUGUCCUUCAUAAUACUCGCAGUCAAUCUUCCGCAGCUUUAGCUGCAACUUUGACUUUUCCUUUUCUCAGCAACAUGACUGCGACGCUACCGUUGCCAAAAAUUAACUCCUAAUUCUAUCCAAGCAAGGCGAUGUCUCUGGCAUUACUGCCGACUUCCAAUUGCCCAAGCACGCCGCCAUUCUCACCGGCAGGACUGGAGGCAGAGAUUGUUUUUGAAGAAGGUAAACUUCUGCCUUACUAUAUGACCUUAAGCUGUGAUUGUCGCGGGAUGCAGUCGCUCCUCUGCGGCUCAUUCUUUGAUACCGAGGUUUCUUGUAACCUAGUUAGUCCAUGGUUAGAACCAAUAUUCUCGAUCAUUGACCCAAUUGUUCAAAGAGGCGAUUAUGGAACGCUGGCUAUGGUCAUGGGUAAACGCCAACCCAAACUUGCGUCACUAUGGCUAGGCGCUAUUAUCAGUGGGAUGGCACAAAUCAUCCUCCCAUACGUUCGUAAUGGAUUGUUAUCUGUCGAACUGCAUGCCUGUGCUUGGACAUCAACUACACAUUCAUUCAUUAAUGCCAGGCCUCCAACGCGGUGUGCUAUUGGUAAUAACGAAAUAUCUCGUUCCGACGAGUGCCGUUUACUCUAUCUCACGGAGGCCGAGGGUCAUUCGAGAGUCCCUGUUUGUCCUCGGAAGCCGUUUGGCACUACAUUACUUUGUGAUACUGAGAUCGAAGUUCGCCAGCACGCAAAGUGUUCAGGGCAUUACUUGCAAUAUCUAGGUUGGUCUUGGGAGCUGGUCGAUGGGAAAAGCUCCAUAGACCGUGGUUUUAACACCUAGAUAGAGUUUACAAAGAUAUCCGCCAACUCAGGUGAUGUCGUUUCAGAGGCGUGGAAGGAUGGGGAACUGAAGUCUGAAUUAUUAUCAGAGUUAGCAACGCGAAGUAUCUUUGAAUGGCUGCGAGUGACGGGCUAUCCACGAUGUGAGCAGGAUAUUUACCGGCACUCAUGGAUAGACCUUGACCUAGAAGAAUCGGAUGAAGAAGAAUUGGACGAUGGUAUUAGUGCUGGCGGAACCGGCUCCCGAGACGGCUUCCGAGAUGCCGCCAAUAUACACAGCUGGAUAGAUAGUGCACGUGUAUGACUUUGUGUCUUCUAGACAUACAGUACAAGGGGAGAGCAUUGAUGGAUCCAAACACUAAAAUUUAUUCUAAGACUAUAUAAACAGCAUCACCUUCCCUAUGAACACCAACAUCACCAAUGAUAAAUCAAUAAUUGCACUGCUAUGACAGGUCCACAUAGCUAUGAAACCCGUCAUGUCCGCCUGCAGGAUGAUUGACGCAUUUGAUGCAGAUGGCGUAUUUGCCCUGGGCAUUGCUAUGGGCUCCAGUUAGACAAAUUUUCCACUGCUUUCGACAACCAGCCUCCUUACACCGAAACCUGUUAUGUUCGUUGUUGUAUGGCCGCAUUUCACGUUCUUGCACCAGCCUGCCCAGCCCGAGCUUGCACUCAUUGGCAAUAGUUCUAACGAAGACAGUGAGUAUGGUAAAUGAGGUGCGAUAGCUAAGGAUAACGCUUCAGAUCAGCGCAAGUCAUUCAGCAGUAGAAGUAGAGUCUUGCAGUACUUGAAAGAGCAGUGCUCCGCUGCGCAUCUGCCGUUGUUCAAGAACGUCCGAGAAGUUUGGGCUGAGACUGAGUCAACAAAAAUUCUUCCCCGACCGAACUAGCAGACUUACGAUCAGAAAGAACCCAGUUUUCAGAACAGGGUCAUCGCCGGAGUAAAUAUCCUGUUGAUACGCAAAGUCCUUUUUGAAUAGGUCAGCAUUGUAGGUGGGAAAAAAUAAAUGGUUUUGUAUCAGGGCUAUUGGGUCAGUCAAAAAUCGUUGAACAUAACUGACUGUUAUUGCUUUGCAAUGAUUCGUCACGUUUUCUCUUUCUAAUAGGAAACUCCAAGCAACACCCGCAGUAAGCACCUGGCAAUCUAAUCAAAUGGUUAGCUAGAAUCAGAUUCCAACUUUUGCUCAAUAAUCUGGGAUGCAUGGUCCGUGAGAGUCACACAUGGAAUGAUAAUUACUGCAUUCAGGAAAACCUGCAGCCCAUGAUGCGAGCGGCCUUCGCCUGUCUUCUAAGCAAAACAUGUGAAUAGCUUCUACUUUUACCCCGCAUAUUACCGAGUACGAAGCUCCUGAAAUAGCUGUCUUGCGAUUUUUCUUUCUAGCCUAUC